GCAUUAUCAGCUGUUGGAGCGUACAUAUCGGAUGCACUAUCGAUAGCUCCAAGGGCAUUCACUAAGCUAAAAAAUAUCUAAGCGUGCAGAAUAUAGUAAACAAUUCGUAUUUUUCUGAAAUUGAACAAAUAAACUAAACAAAAUGAACGCACCACCCACAUUCGAAUCAUUCCUGCUGUAUGAAGGCGAGAAGAAAAUCAUCAAGGAAUUGGACACAAAAGUGACAAACGCGGCUAUAUUCACAAUAAAUAAAGAGGACCACACUCUGGGAAACAUGAUCCGCAACCAACUGUUGAAGGACCCGAAUGUUUUGUUUGCCGGCUACAAAGUGCCCCAUCCCCUGGAGCACAAGUUCGUCAUCCGAAUCCAGACUACAGCGGACUACUCUCCGCAAGAAGCCUUCAUGAACGCCAUAACCGAUCUGCUGGCCGAGUUGUCCCUCUUCGAGGAGCGAUUUAAAGACGCCAUUAAGGAGAAGAAGGAGGGCGGAGACUAACUCUAUACUAUUAUUUAAAUAAGAUAAAAUCAAAUAACUGAAUAAACUGUCUCUUUCCACAUUGUAA